CGUAUGGGUUGUAAAAUUAGAAAUGUAUUUGUUGCAACUGAAAUAAAACAUAUUUUCACAUCCAAAAAAUAUUUUUUAUUUACCUCCUAAGACCUGGUGUUUCCACAUACGUGGACAUCACAUUUUUUGUUGUUUGCACCAUAAUACUUAACUCUGUGUAACUGGAACCUGUUGUACACAAACGUGGACAAUUACACUGCUUCGAGAGAGAGAGAGAGAGAGAGAGAGAGAGAGAGAGAGAGAGAGAGAGAGAGAGAGAGAGAGAGAGCAAGAGAGGUGAUUACACUUCCUGUAAAAGUACGCAUCUGUUUUACCGUUAUUAUCUGUUCAUUGGAAAAAUAAAGAAGACAUUUGACUUUGUUAUGUUAAUCAUUAAGUUUAUACUGUAUUUCUUUGGCUCACACAGCAAAAGAAAUUCAAUACUGUUUUGAGGAUAAUGAUAAGAUUUUUAUAAGACCUAAGGUAUAGUUCAGUGAGGUGACAUGUGUUUGUAAUGUGCUGUAAGCCUGUUUACGGGAGUAUUUUAAGCCUGUGUAGGCCAGAUUUAGCAUUGACAAUUAAAGGGCAGCUAUCCCAGGCUAAAUCCAGAUCUCCUAAACCUCAAAACCUUUCAGAUAUAUCCAGAUGGAAGAGCAUGAAUUGCUUCGCAAAGAAAGUAAGCUAGUUUGACAGCAAAAUUAAGCAACAAACACCAUUGCGGAUAGCUAUACAUAUUGUCUUUGGAGCUUUUCUUGACUGGAUUAGAGAUUUUUGUGGAUUUUUUUCUGUAGGUUUUGCUGAGAGUGUACUUGGAUUUUAUUUCCCCAUGCCACUUUGCUGACCUAUUACAACUGUAUCGGAACACUACACACAAAUGCCAACUACUGUAAGAAUGUAGGCAGGACCUGCAUACUGGAAAUCUACAGACAUGGCAGCGGUCCGGAAUUCUGACUUUGAGGAUCCAAACCUGGGGUCGGGACCGGAUGAGGAUGCCUCUGAAAUCUCAUUUUUGGAAGAAGAGUCGGAAUCAGGAUCCCUAUGGUCUGAGGAUUCUGUUCUUCCAGAUUAUGAGAGAGAGGAUGUUAAGACAGGUACCGCCAACACACUGUAUGAAGCUUGUGUCCAAAAUGAUGCACAGGCCCUGAAGAGAGUGUUAGAGCGUGGUGUGACCUAUGAUGAAGUGAUGGAAGUUGACAUGAAUGGAUGGAAUGGGAUGAUGUUUGCUUCAUACAAAGGUUUUCUUCCGAUUGUUUAUGGUCUUCACGCCUGUCCGCAUCUGGAUAUUAACCAUCAAGACAACGAUGGCAACACUGCUCUGAUGAUCGCAGCUCAAGCUGGCCACGCCUCCAUAUGUAAUUACAUUAUGAAUUACUUCCCCGGAGCAGACACAGAGAUCAGAGACAACAGAGGGUUUACUGCUCUCAUUAAAGCAGCCAUGCAGGGCAGGAAUGAUGUGGUGGCAGCUCUUAUAAUGCACGGCGCUGAUGUAAAUGCCGUUGACUCAAACCGUGGUAAAUGUGCACGAGACUGGGCGCUCAAAACAGGCCGCUUCGACACGCUGCAACGUCUCCGUCGACUUGUGCUACGCCCGAUAGCUGAACAGUUCUGUGAUGCCUACAUCCCAGAGUGGCCAAACCUAAAGAUCCUUGUCGCCAAAGCAACAGCCAAUAAGAGUGCGGGUCAGAAACUGACUCAUAAUCUAAAGAGCACCUUUGGUUUCAGAUUCCCACGGGACCCGCUGGACAACGGUGUCAUGGAUCACAUGGUCAAAAUGACCACCAGUUUACGUAGUCCACUGAUAGCCACGGCCACACGGCCACUGUGCCCAAGCAGCCCUCCAGAGUUGGGCAAACGCCGGUUGGCUGUGCCUGAGUUGGUGCUGAAGCACUCAGAGAAACAGCUGGAGGACAGUUCGCUUAGCCAUCGAAACAACUCCGUUACGUCCAUUUCUCCAUCUGUCCACUCAUCUACAUCUGCUUCUGCGUCCUGCUGUGUUGAUACGCAGAGGCGAGGCAGUGUGCUGUCCAUUGCUCAGUCUGGCAUGCGCACCUUUAUACCUCGUAGCGUUGCAGCGAGACGCAACAGCGUGUUUCCCUCGGGUUGCGUUCCAAAGAUCAGAGUCACCAAAUCUUCUGAGCCCACCCCUAAGAAAGUAAAGAAAAACAAAAGAGAGAAGGGUUACUUAGAGCCUCCGAAGUGGAAGUAUAAAGAAACCAAGAACAAGAAGAAGAAAGAGAAGAAAGCAGAGGAGGAUGAGAAAGAAAAUAAACUGAAAGACAAGUAAAAAGGAAAAAAUUGUAAGCGUUGAGGUGUGCCGGUGUGCAUCUGACUGAGGUCUCAUACACUAUACAUUGAGUGUCAAUGAGGUGUUAAGUGUGAAAUAUUAUGUGGGAAAAUCCUUGCUGAUGGAAUCAAGCAAUGUUACAAUGCAGUCGAAAAUACAAGCAGAGGAAGUGCAUUAUAAAAUCUCAGAAGGGCAUUUCUGUUUCAAGCAGAUGCCUCGUAUCAUUAAAUCAGUUUAAUUUGUAGCAUUAAUGUUGCAGAAAUUACAGUGGUUAUUGUCUCUGACUGGUUAAGUUAAUACACACUAGUAAAUGUUGCAUCUAAGAAUGUUUUCAGAACCAGAAUAACAUAGAUCUAGAAACAUUACAGUUGAUAUGUACUACCCACAUUUGAUUAUCCACAAUCCAUCACUAACUUUGAAAAUGAUAGAAUUAUCCAAGACAUUUGGACAGUUCUUGUAUUGUAUAUGGGAGGUCGUUUACAGAGUAGUUGGUGAAGUUAUGUCCUCAGAAUUUCUAUAAAUAGUUUAUCGUGUCCAUGGCAUAACAUUUUUCAUUUAAUUUUAUGUAUUGUUUUCUGAUAUUUUUUUCCUAUUUUCUUACCAUUGUCGUUUGGUGUUAGAAUCACUUUCUGUUAUAUUUUUAGACAACCUAACCCAAACCCUAAGUCCAGGCGAGAAUAGUUUUAAAAGCGGAAGAAAAACAUGUAGAAACCAAUACAAAAAAUGACCACCUAACCCAAACCCCAAAUCUAACCCCAACCCAAAGCGACAAUGAUUUAAAGGUGACAUAGAAAGAAUGAUUGAACGGGGUAUUUAUCCUUGUUCUGUGAUGUGUGACAAAAAAAUUUUGUUUGGGUCUUUAAUGCCUUAGAAGCUUUCUAAAAACCUCUCUCAGAUAGCUCUAUUAGGGUGGGGGAUUUUAAAAGUGGUUUUGCACAUAUUUGGCUCCCCCUACUGGCUUAACUUGCAAUCUCAUUACUGAUUGGCUGACUUUGCUGCCACUCAAAAAAUUUAGCCCUCAUAAUCUUUAUCACAAACACACAUUUCCUCCCCACCUUGAAACAAUUAGCAACAAGACACAACUUCAAACAAACCAAUCAAAUAGACGAAUUCAAG